AUGGCCGGCCGACGACCCCUCACAUUAGGAGGCGUGAAUGUACGCCAACUUCUUCACCACUAUCGACAAGGCCUUUCAUCAUCACAGUCCUUAUCAUUAUCAUCUUUAUCAUCUUUAUCAUCAUCACAAUCUUUAUCGAGCCCAAUCGUAGAAAAAGGGGGGAAAAAAAAAGAAGAAGAAGACUGUAAAAGGCCUGUAUUACUGGUGAGUGCCUGUCUUCUUGGCCAUUGUGUCUCUUACCGCCGGCAUCACUCUUCCCCGCGGCCCCGCACCCCCGCCGGUUUUCUCCUUCACUGUCUCGCCAGCGACUACGCCCUCCUCACGUGUAUUCCCGUCUGCCCAGAGAUGGAUCUUCUCCACAUGACUUCCCCACGCCCACCCAUACGUCUCCUGCAAUCCCAACAAACAGAGAGAAAAGAAAGAGAAGGGAAAUCACAACAACAACAACAACAAGAACAAAAAGUCUAUAUAUAUGGAAAUGUAAAGGGAGAAGUAAAAGAGGGUCGUGAACUGCGUGAACGUCUUAUCUCUCGUCAUCCAUUGUUGGCGGAUGAAUUACUUGUGCGUCAAUUAACGGGCAUUGAUGCUUGUCUCUUAAAGGCACGAUCCCCCAGUUGUGGGGUUGGAGAUGCACGUGUGUAUACAUCGGCGAGUGGUGGAGUUUACAAGGAAGCGGAUGGUUUCUUUGUAAAUGAAUGGUUGCGUCCAGUAGUUGGAACUCUUCCACUGGUGACAGAACGUCAGCUUUACUUUGAUGAUGAGGAAGAAGAAGAGGAAGAACAACAAGAACAAGAGGCGAUUGGAAUAUCAAUAACAAGGAAGAGCCAUCAUAACAGUAAGCAUAGGUACGGAGUAUUGUCGUUUAUCAGAGAUUUUCUCACACGCUUUGAAAAAAGAAGAGGUGCACAGUCAUGA